AUGUCGGAUUCCAAGUACUCACAGGUGGAAAAUGAUAAUAAUCAAAGGUUAGACGAAUUGGCCAAUAAACUAUCUACAUUCAGAAAUAUCAACCAAGAUAUUGGAAAUCAAGCCGCAAAUGACAGCUCCCUUAUCGACAAUAUACAGAACUCAUUCGGUCAACUUUUCCUUAAUGUCAAGAACUCAUCUACAAGGCUCCAGAGAUCUAUGAAUGCCGGUAAUAAUAUAUGGCGUAUGGUGGGUGUAUCAUUAUUGUGUUUCUUCAUAUUGUACACGAUAUAUAAGGUAUUUUAA